AUGAAAAUUGUUAUAAUAUUUAUCGCAGUAUUGUUAUGUCCCUACAAACCAGCACAUGGUGCUGGUGGUGUUAAUUCAUCCCAAUCAAGUGGAGGAAACUCUCUUCGAAAUCCUGGAGGAGCCCAGACUACCAAUUCUGGAGCUUCUUCCGGGACAACUACUCCCAAAGCUCAAGCUACUGGAGGAUCUAAUCCAGGGGCUGCUACAACAACACAAUCUUCUACUUCAAGAUCCGGUACAACUACAACGGCUAAAUCUGGUGGCUCUAGUGCUAACAAGAUCACUCUAGAUAUCAAGAAGACCAAUGGUACCAAGGAUUACGAGUGCAGGAAUUAUGGCGAUAGUAUAGUAUUCACUCCUAAGCCUGGUCAUGGAUUUUCCAAGAUAGUGAAAGGUAGCAAGAAUAUCUGGACUGCUCAAGAUGGUGAAUACGCCACCAGGGUUGUCCUCAAGGGUAAAGGUAGUCCUAAAAAAGAAGUGUCCAUUUGCCUUAACACUGAUACAGUUAUAAAACUUCGCAGGGAUGGUAAGAAUAAACCAUGGAUCGACAUUAACAGUCAGAACAAUGAUACCAACCCCAAUGCCAAUACCGGUAGUGCUACAGUUGAUCCGUCUAAUGCAAGUGCUACAGGUGGUUUACCUAGUACAGGUCAUACAGUACAUUCAUCUGCUACAAGAGCUCAAGAGAAUUCAUCUGGUAGAACCCCUGAAGAUUCUUCUAGACGUUGA